AUGGAGUUUGUCGGAAUUGAUAUUGGGAAUUACAAGACGGUGGUUGCAUCCUCCAAAGACAAUGGAAAAGUGUAUGGUGAUGAGCAAGGGAAGAGAUCGAUAAAGACUAUUAUGGAGCUUAGUACUCCUAUCCGUAGGUUUGGAAAUGGGGUGACUAAUGACACAGAGGGUACUCUUGAGGUAAGGAGUAGAAGCUUUAGGGAUUUUCUUUCGGACAAGAAAGGGUGGGGAGAUCUUGCAAUGUUUAUGAAGUAUAUUGACAGAGUUGUGAAAAGGAACACGCCUACACAUCCUCCAAUGUGUAUGACCGUUCCUGUCUAUUUCAAAGAGAAAGAAAGAAGAAUACUGAUAGAUAUUGCAAGUGCCAUUGACCUCAAACUUGAAGGAUUGAUUACAGAUAUAUCUGCAAUGGGGAUGUUUGGAUGUGUUAGAAGGGAGAGUAUGCCUAAUGAGUUUCUCUUGUUUGACUUUGGAUUCUCUAAAUCGACUGCAGGGCUUUUUAGUUUUGAGAAGAAUGUAUUCAAGCCUUUGUAUAUGAAAGCUGUGAAGGUAGGAUCUAUGCAGUUUGAUGAGAAGCUGAUUGAUAUUAUUGUUGAAAAGCAUUCUUUGGAAAGAAGUAAGCUAAUUCGGGAAAGAAUUAAAAGGAACCUUGAUAAGAUCAAAACAACCCUGAACUCAACAAGAAACUGCAAUAUCCAGUUGUUUAUUACUGAGAAUCCUUUAGAGAUUUCGGUUACACAAGAUGAGUACAAAAAGGCGGUUGAGGUAUAUAUAAAUGAGCUUAAUUCGUUUGUAGAUUCUGUUAUGGAAGAAACAAAGUUUAGCGGGGUAAUUGAGGUUGUCGGGGGAAAUUCUAUCUCAUUUCUGAUUAAAGAGAUGUUGAAUGAAAAGAUUGAGUAUCAAGCAACGCUAGAUGUUUCCGAUUCAGCAGCUAUUGGAUCAGCGCUCGGAAUGGCAUGUAGAUCUUUGAGGGCUAGAUAUUUACUCCAUGAUAUUAUUGGAAGGGAGAUUUCUAUACAAAUCCAGGGAGAAGAAGUUAAUCCAACAGUAAUAUUCAAUCCUACUGAACUUGUUGAGGGAAUCCCGAAGAUAGUCACGUAUAACAGAAAAGGGAGCUUUGUGAUAGAGAUUCUGGAGGAUGGAGAGGUUAUUUCGACUCUAGAGAUCGAGAAAGUAGAAACUGAUGAGGCAAAGCCGAUUCACGUGUCUUUCUCCAUAGGAAAGUUUGGGACAGUCUGUGUGACCUCUGUAGAAUGUGAGGACUCCAUAGACUACAAGUAUAAGCCUUUUAGAAUAUCUGAGAUUGAUAUGGAUUAUAUUAAGGCAUUAGAGAUAAAAUACAGAAAUGAAGAGCUGGGGCUUGAAAGAAUUGGAGGGAUGAGGAAUGAGCUAGAAACCAUGGCAGUUGGGCUUGGAGAUGCUUUAUAUAACAAGUUUAGUAAGAUAAUAACCGAGGAUGAAUUAAGUGCUGUUAAGGAAAUAGCCAUGGACCUGUUUGACACACCCCAAUCUGAGACGGUAGGGCAAGAAGAAGAAGUUAAGCAUAGCGUUCUAUCCAAGCUAGAGUUUGUAUCUAAGAAGCUUAACGAUUACAAGAAUGGUGUUAUUGAGGAUCUUGAGAAACAUAAGGACAUGAUCAACGAGUUUAGGAAGGAGCAUUCUAAGGUCUUUACUCCCAGCAUCUACAAGCUCCAGGGGCUUCUUUACAAAUUAGACGAGUGUAUUAAGACCUUUGAUCUGAAUUUAUUCAAUGUAGAGUCAUUUGACGAAAACUUCAUAACAGAGAUCAAGUGUGACAUUCAGAAAUACCUGGAAAAGGCCAAGAUCGAGGUUGAAGAGAAAAGAAAGGAAGCUGAAGAGAAGAGUAAGGAAAAGGAAAAGAAAGAUGAAGACAAGAACGAAGAUAUCAAAAGUACGCCUUCAGGUGGGGAAGACGAUCAUGAAGAAUCUGAUGUUGCAAGUAUCGAUGAAUAA